CAGUUUUUAAUGUUGACAGUUUUUCGUGUGUUGUUUCAGUUCUGCAAGGAAAUAUCGGGUUUUUGCAGAAAAAGAAGUUAAAAUGGCGACGGUAGAGCAAUUGCAGAAGAAAGUGAAAGAAUUGGAGGCUAAGCUAGCCGCUGCCCAAGGAAAUGUUGGACCUGUGCGCCAGAAAAUCGAUGUUAUGUCAUCCGAAGUUGUCGACUCAAACCCUUACAGUCGUUUGAUGGCCCUAAAAAGGAUGGGUAUAGUAGACAACUAUGAGAAGAUAAGGAAGAUGUCGGUGGCUGUAGUAGGAGUGGGGGGAGUCGGCAGUGUCACUGCUGAAAUGCUGACCAGAUGUGGGAUCGGAAAGCUGAUCCUGUUCGACUAUGACAAAGUGGAACUGGCGAACAUGAACCGGCUUUUCUUCCAACCGCACCAGGCCGGUCUCAGCAAAGUGGAUGCAGCCGCUGCCACGUUGCAGAAUAUCAAUCCUGAUGUGGCCAUUGACGCAUACAACUAUAACAUUACUACAGUGGAUAACUUUCAGAACUUCUGUGACACCAUCAGGACAGGAAGCCUGAGCGGAGGUCCAGUGGAGCUGGUGCUGAGCUGUGUGGACAACUUCGAGGCCCGCAUGGCCAUCAACAUGGCCUGCAAUGAGCUCAACCAGAAGUGGUUUGAGUCCGGAGUCAGCGAGAAUGCUGUAUCUGGCCACAUACAGUUCAUUGUCCCUGGAGAGACUGCGUGCUUUGCUUGCGCGCCGCCGCUGGUGGUGGCGUCCAAGAUCGACGAGCGUACGCUGAAGCGCGAGGGCGUGUGCGCCGCCAGCCUGCCCACCACCAUGGGCAUCGUCGCCGGUUUCCUCGUUCAAAACACAUUAAAAUACCUGCUAGAGUUCGGCACGGUGACCCACUACUUGGGAUACAGCGCGCUUACCGAUUUCUUCCCUAUCAUGAGUUUGAAACCCAACCCGCAAUGUGACGACAGCUUCUGCCGCGCGCGGCAGACGCAGGCGCGCGCGCGGCCGCCGGUGGAGGUCGCCACGGAGGUGCUCGAGGACGCCGCGCCCGCACACGCCGACAACGAAUGGGGUAUCAGUCUCGUGGACGAGAACUCGCCUGAAGAUGACGACACAUCCAACUUAAAGCUGGCUGAUGGUGUUCAGGUGGCGUACAGCAUUCCUGUAGACAAUAGCACCCCAGAAUCGAGCACCGGAGGGGCGGUGGCCGCGUCGGAACUAUCACUAGAGGAGCUCAUGCAACAGAUGAAAUCUAUGUAAAAUGAAAGGAAUAUAGAUGAUUCUCACCAAUUUUCCCGUAAAAUAAGCGGUUAUUUCGGCAACAGCAGACUAAUAUGUAAUAUCAUGUUAUAUUUACUAUGUGGCAAAUGAAAUAAUUACAUAUGUACAAAUUCCGCAGACGCGUCAAUGAUAACACCAUGUGACUGAUCUGUUAUUGAUAGUUCUUGUAUUGACGCGCGUUUUCGUGGUGUCUCUUUGUUUGUUUGCUCUCUUUGCGCACAGAAGCUUUUAUUAAUUUGAGUAACAAUAUUUAUGUUUCUUAAAUCGCUUUCUUAUGAAUGUUUAUAACGAAUUUAUGGACAAAAAGUUUUAGAUUAUUUAUUAGAAUGAUGGUACAACCUAGAUGUACAAUGAAAGCGAAAUUUAUCCAUAGAUUUUUUAAAUAUUACGUUGUAUUUCUAUUAUAUUCCCCGUUUGGUACACAACAUUUUUCAUUUAUGUCUAAAUUAGCAAAUGUAUAUAAGAAAAUCCUGAAAUGUAUAUUUUGAUACAAAAUCAAGGGCCAAAAUAGAUUUAUAAAUAUAUAUGUAGUAGCUAAGCACACAUAGCUUUCUAUGUGCAACGUGGCAUUUUUCUAGCUUUCGACAACAUUCCAAAUGAAUUACCAAGAUCUCGAGAAAAAUAUAAUUGUGGACAUCCACAAAUAUUUAAACAUUGUUUCUAUUCCUAUAACCACGAGAAACAGGUGUUGUCCUGUGAGAAACGUAAGUUUCUCAAUUAGUAAGGUAAUUGAAUUUGCCGUGAGAGACGUUGGUGUGAAGAAAGGUCUAUGUCCAAAAAAGCUCUGAUCAUUAGUAUUGUGCACUUGUGUGCGAGUAUAUUUAAAAGUAUUCUGCCAUAUAUAUAACUAGCUUUUUGUAGCGGCUUCACCCGCUUGUAUGUCAAUUUCACUCAUCGCUCUUGGGGAUGGAAUUUCCAAAAUUCUUACAGCUCAUAUUAUAUGUAUAUAAUGAACCUGUCUCCAAUACUUUUAAUUGCUUGGCUCUGUAUAUAUGCCAUCAUUUAUUAAUUCCACUGUGAUUAGCAUUUUCCCGUUUCAUACAGGCGUAAGUUUCUUGUAAACUACAUACAUAGCUACAUAAAAAUAUAGGAUAAUAAUUCCAAAUUAAGUUGCCUUUUAAGUUGUGGAUGUCCUUGAAAAAUGUCUUGCUAUUUAUUGGUCUAAUAUGAUGUCGAUGUAAGCGAAAUUCUGAUGUUAGUCAUAAGUUGUAAUUAUUUUUUUGGACGUAUUUUGUAUUUUAUAUUAAAUAUUUAUUAUUGUUGUUAGUGCUACGAAUGAAUAUCAUAAUGUACUUUAAUAUAUAACAAAUUUUAUUAAUAUGAAUUAAAUAUCUUCGGCGAUA